CCAUGCGUAAUCCUUCUAUCCCCUCUCGACUCCCAAACUGGGAGCUCGCUAAAAAAUAGUAACCCUAAUUCCCUAAUUUCUUCCUCCCCCAAAUAAUUAAGCUCUCAUUUCUCAACCUAUCCGAAGCAUCUGGGAGUCAGCUGAAGCCUAACUAAUACAUUAGAACUUCCAGUUCGAAUUCGGAUAAAUUACAGCUAGUCUAGCGCAUUGUAUUGUCAACGGAGAACAAUCAACCCAUAACUGAAAAUAAUACCCAAAUGCAGUUCAGUUCUGAUUGAUUUUCUAAUGAUUUUGUUUUGGUUACUUUAAGUUUGCUUGAUUCAGAAUGAAGCAAACCAAACCAACUGAUUUACACCCCUAAUCCUGGGUCUCUGCUGUAUGGAGGGAUAUUACAUAUAACAUAAAUCAAAGUUCUCAGUCUUUUUAGAUUGUGAGGCUUGUCAUAUUGAAGGAAUACGCAUAUUGAAGAGUCGACGUAAGUUGGGGCUGAAGAGGAAAUGGCACACAGAUUGUUAAGAGAUCUUGAAGCAGAUGGUUGGGAGCGCUCUGAUUUUCCUAUCAUCUGUGAGUCUUGCCUUGGCGACAAUCCUUAUGUUCGUAUGACCAGAGCUGAAUUUGAUAAGGAAUGCAAGAUAUGUACACGGCCAUUUACAGUUUUUAGGUGGAGGCCUGGUCGGGAUGCAAGGUUUAAGAAGUCAGAGAUUUGCCAAACAUGCAGUAAAUUGAAAAAUGUUUGUCAAGUCUGUCUUUUGGAUCUAGAAUAUGGGUUGCCAGUUCAGGUUCGAGAUACUGCACUGAGUAUCAAUUCCAAUGAUGCCAUUCCAAAGAGUGAUGUCAACAGGGAGUACUUUGCUGAGGAGCAUGAUCGAAGGGCCAGAGCUGGUAUAGAUUAUGAAUCUUCAUAUGGAAAGGCACGGCCAAAUGAUACUAUUCUAAAGCUUCAGAGAACAACACCAUACUACAAAAGGAACCGAGCACAUGUUUGUAGUUUCUAUGUACGAGGUGAAUGCACACGAGGUGCUGAGUGUCCUUAUAGACAUGAGAUGCCAGUAACUGGGGAGCUAUCACAGCAAAACAUAAAAGAUCGUUAUUAUGGUGUGAAUGACCCGGUGGCAUUAAAGCUACUUAACAAGGCUGGUGAAAUGCCUUCCCUGGAGCCACCUGAGGAUGAAAGCAUUAAAACCCUCUAUGUGGGUGGGCUUGAUGCAAGGAUUACAGAGCAGGAUCUGAGGGAUAACUUUUAUGCUCAUGGUGAGAUCGAAUCCAUUAAAAUGGUGCCUCAACGAGCAAUUGCAUUUGUAACCUACACAACCAGAGAAGGUGCUGAGAAGGCUGCAGAAGAGCUCUCCAAUAAGCUAGUUAUCAAGGGUCUGAGGCUGAAGCUAAUGUGGGGAAGACCCCAAGCACCAAAACCUGAGUCUGAAGCUUCAGAAGAAGCAAGGCAACAGGCAUUGAUGGCUCAUGGUGGGAUGUUGCCUAGGGCAGUUAUAUCUCAGCAGCAGAAUCAAAUACACCCGCCUGGAACUCAGGCCCAACCUCCACCAAUGCACUAUUUCAAUAUUCCACCACCACCUCAGCAGGAAAGGACCUUUUAUCCAUCAAUGGAUCCUCAAAGAAUGGGUGCUCUUCUUCCAUCCCAAGAUGGAGCUUCCAGUGGACCAUCAGGGUCUGGGGAGAACAAAAAUGCACUGGAGAGGCAGCAAGGGCAGCACUACCCUUAUCAGGGUAUGCCACUGCCACACGGGCAAUAUCACCAACAACUUUAUCCUGCAUAUGGGUAUGUGCCGCCAUUGCCACCUUAUCAGCAGUAUCCUCCAUCAUAUCACUCUGCUGUUCCCCCGCCACAGGCUCCGCAAGCCACCCAGCUGCACCAGCAUUCUGUCCCACCGCCAAGGACUGCACCUCCAGCAUCUGCAAGCGCUGGACCCACUCCUCCAGGUUCUGGAGCGUCAACUUCGUCAAAUCCCUGAAGCUUGAUAUUUGAUUGAAUGGUGUUAUAUUUUUGCAAGUUCUCACAUUAUUCUCUUGCUUUUUUGGAUUGAAAUGUCUUCUUGCUUGUAUUUUUGGUUGUACCAGUAUUCAACAUGCACCAUAAUAUUAGUUAUUUCUUAGUGAUGCGCUUCCAUGUAUGAAGUUAUAGAUCAUUCUAUACGAUCAGGAGGCUUGAAGUGUCGCAUUAAUAAUUGUAAUUCAAUGGCUAGCUUAUGCGAGUGUUCCUUUCCUUUCA